GCCGACGGAGGCAGCAGACCUACAUCAAUACCAACCGCACCAGUGUGAUAUAGGAAUCGUGAAAGAGUCACAGCCGUCUGCAAGUGCCGACAAUGCCACCAAAGCAGCCCCCCGCAAAGAAGAAGACGGCGCAGCGAGUGCGUGUGACCAACAAAGCUCUCGAAUCGCGGCAGUUCUCAACGGUGCGGCUUCCCCGCACCAACGAGGUCGCUGCGCAGAAGGUCGAUGUGCAGUCGAUGUUUCGCGAGCUGGCCACUGACCCAUCACGGCUCACGAGCGGCAACAGCGGUGCGGCAGUCGCGGCUCCGUCCUCCAGCUUCGACCCGAUCGUCAACGACGCCAUGUUCAGCGUUGUGGCCCACUCACAAUACUGGCCUCCCCCAUCGCUCGAGGCGUUGCAUGCGAAGACGGGUCAAGACCACGGUGACGGCUUCGACAGCUACGACAGACGCGAGGACGACAAGCGGGCGCGCAAGGAGCGCGCGAAGGUGAUUAAGGGCGAGAUCAACCACCCUCGUGGCAAGACGCGGCAGAACACGAUUGUGAAGUUGUCCGACUCCAGUGGCAGUGAUGAGGGGGAGUCAGAGGAGGAAUAA